AUGACAGAACAUACAACAACACAUGAAGACAAGGAUGCCACCGCAUUCUUUGAAGAAGUUGAAAAAGAAAAGAAGAAUGAUUAUGAGACAUGCAGUGCAUCUCAGGCAUUUGAUGCCGUAUUCCAAUGUUACACGCUCGGAUCACAGGCCAUCAACUAUUAUCGAUAUGGCACAAAAAAGGAUUGUUCUGGAAAAUGGGAUGAUUUCAAGUUUUGUCUCAAAACAAAGACCAAAUCCUCUGAAAUUGCAGAUGCCAUGAUCAAAGAGCAUCAAGCAGCCAAAGAAAGUCUAAAGAAGAGAGGACGCAACUCGGAAGAGGUCUGGGAGGCUAGACAGUAG